UUAGUUAACCUGUACGUUGUCGUUUCAAUCUGAAAAACAAGGACCACACUGUUCAUUCCUCCCUCUCUCUUCAGUCUUCAUUCUCUCAAGACUCUACUCUGUACCCGAAAUUAACCCUCCAAAUUACCUGCAAAACCCUAAUUCGCCAAUCCUUUUACAUUAAACCUUAAUUUGAUUGAGUCAACUCAAUCUGAGUCAAAUGGACACGCACUCCUCUCACCUUACUGUGCAGAACCGCUCGCGGAGCUCACAAACGCCGUCCCCGUCCCACUCGGCCUCCGCAUCCGCCACGUCGUCGAUUCACAAGCGCAAAUUAGCAGCGACAGCGGCGGCGGCCGCGUCUGAGGACCACGGACCACCGACAUUCCCUGCCUCCUUCUCUGCCGACACUCGUGACGGCGCCUUGACGUCUAACGACGACCUCGAGAGCAUCUCCGCCCGCGGGGCCGACUCCGACGCUGACGACUCGGAGGACGCCGUGGUUGACGACGAUGAGGACGAGUUCGACAACGACAACGAGUCCUCCAUGCGAACCUUCACCACGGCUCGGCUCGAGAACAAUAAUUCCGUUGGCUCCGUGCGGAACACAAAGCUGAAGACGGAACCCGUGACGGUUAAACUUGAGAAUCCGGAUGGCGGGAAGGAAACUGGUCCCAUAGGGAGUACCGUCUUGGGGUCCACUGGUGGGACCGGUGGCUCGGUGCCGGGAAUUGUGGUUAAAGAAGAUUCAGUGAAGAUAUUUACAGAGAAUAUACAAGCUAGUGGUGCUUAUAGUGCUCGAGAAGAAAGCUUGAAGCGAGAGGAAGAAGCUGGAAGGCUCAAGUUUGUGUGCCUCGGGAACGAUGGUGUUGAUGAUCAUAUGGUUUGGUUGAUAGGAUUAAAGAAUAUCUUUGCGAGGCAGCUACCCAACAUGCCUAAGGAGUACAUUGUCCGUCUUGUGAUGGAUAGAAGCCACAAGUCGGUUAUGGUUAUCAGACAUAAUCAGGUUGUUGGUGGCAUCACAUAUCGCCCAUACUCCAGCCAAAGGUUUGGGGAGAUAGCUUUUUGUGCAAUCACAGCUGAUGAACAAGUAAAAGGUUAUGGGACCAGAUUGAUGAACCAUUUAAAGCAGCAUGCACGUGAUAUUGAUGGGCUAACACAUUUUCUAACAUAUGCUGAUAAUAAUGCUGUUGGUUAUUUUAUUAAACAGGGUUUUACCAAAGAGAUUUUCUUGGAGAAAGACCGAUGGCAAGGGUAUAUUAAGGAUUAUGAUGGAGGAAUCCUUAUGGAAUGUAAAAUUGAUCCAAAGCUUCCAUACACUGAUUUAUCAACUAUGGUCCGCCGUCAAAGGCAGGCAAUUGAUGAGAAGAUAAGAGAGCUCUCAAAUUGUCAUAUUGUUUACCAAGGAAUUGAUUUUCAGAAGAAAGAAGCUGGUAUCCCUAAAAAGAUUAUCAAAGUUGAGGAUAUUCCGGGUUUGAGGGAAGCUGGGUGGACUCCUGAUCAAUGGGGUCAUUCAAGAUUUAGAACUUUAAGUGCUUCCACUGACAUUGCAUCAUAUCAAAAAUUUUUAACUGUAUUCAUGCGCUCACUUUUGAAGUCAAUGCAUGAUCACGUCGAUGCUUGGCCAUUCAAGGAUCCAGUUGAUGCUCGCGAUGUCCCUGAUUAUUAUGAAAUCAUCAAAGAUCCCAUGGAUUUAAGGACGAUGUCGAAGAGAGUGGAAUCAGAACAAUAUUAUGUCACAUUUGAGAUGUUUGUAGCUGAUGUCAAGAGGAUGUUUGCCAAUGCACGCACUUAUAACUCUCCCGAUACCAUUUACUACAAAUGUGCAACAAGGCUUGAAGCACACUUUCAAAGCAAAGUUCAAUCAGGUCUCCAAUCCGGCACCAAAAUUCAGUAGUAGACCAAUACUGAGGGUUGGCUUCAGCUAUCAUAUAACCAACAUUGUGUAACAUUAGUGAUUUUAAUAUUUUUUAUGUGCAUUAUUUUCCAGGUCAGCCCUCUUUUUUUCUUCUUUUUUCUCUUUCCUCAUCUGUAAUAUAAAUUUUUCUGGCCAUUUUGAUAUGGAGUAAAAUUUUACUGAAUAAACAAGUGAAAUGGAUGGGUUUAGCGUUUGCAACA